AUGUCGUUCCUCUCUCGUGCUUUCGCUCCCAAUCGCGCUCGUCUUGCUGGAGUCACGGUAGCCCAUGGGGCCCCUUCAGUUGCUCGCCGCUGCAGCCGCACUGGCAAGGCCUGUCAGCCGAUCGAACUCAUUGGCAUACGCAGAACUUCACAGUUUGAAGUGGGUAUUCAUAAUAAACCGACAUCAUCGAAAGGAACCCAAAUUGUUCCGCGGUAUGGCGAUUUCAACAUACAAGACCGAGUCUAUGCCAUCACUGGCGGUGGUCGAGGCCUGGGUCUAUCAAUGGCUGACGCCUUGGUUGAAGCUGGAGCCAAAGUCUACUGCCUCGAUCGUCUGGAUACUCCAAGUACCAAUUUCAAUGAUUCCAAGAGGAGGGCUUCUGAGCACGGGGGCCGUCUGGAGUACAGAAAAGUUGACGUCCGCGAUACCCAAACGGUGAACGAGAUAUUCGCAGACAUAGCUGCGCGCGACAAGCGACUAGACGGUCUUGUUGCCGCUGCUGGAAUAAACCAUCUACAAAGCGCCCUAGAUCACACUCAGACCGCCCUCGAAGACGUGAUGUCUAUCAACUACAACGGCGUGUUUAAUACGGCCACGGCUGCGGCUCGACAGAUGCUCCACUACGAGUCACCAGGAUCAAUGCUCUUAGUCGCUUCGAUGAGCGGGCUGAUUGCCAAUAAGGGAAUGACAUCUCCCGUCUACAACUCCUCGAAAGCUGCAGUAAUCCAGCUCACUCGCUCUUUAGCUAUGGAAUGGGGUCGCUCUGGUAUUCGUGUGAACAGUCUGUGUCCAGGUCAUGUCGUGACCCCUAUGGUUGAGAUGGUUUUCCAGAAAAACCCUGCUUCCCGCGCUAUCUGGGAGGCUGAGAACAUGCUCGGUCGUCUCGCCAUGCCGGAGGAAUUUCGCGGUUGUGCCCUUUUUGCGCUAUCGGAUGCUUCUAGCUUUAUGACCGGUAGUACUUUGGUCAUUGACGGGGGCCAUACUGCCUGGUAA